AACAUUCAUAUUGUUUUCAAACUUGGAAUUCAUAGACACUCUGGCUCUAGGUUCCUUAAGGGGGAAAACAAAAGAUGACUUUAUUUCACAUUCAAGAAAAUCAGUUCAGUUCCAAAGCUGUGGUCCUUCCAGCCACUUCUAGGGACACUGGGGUAAUUGUUAAACAUUGACAUCAGUGCUCUCCAGCCGUGCUGUCGCCCUCCUAUCUUCUGGAUCUGCCUUCGGGAUGGUCAGUGACGCCUUCUGGAAGCUGAGCACACACAGGUGCACGGCCAUGCUGUGGCCUGGCCUGCUGCGGCAGCAUGGCAGCUCUAGUGGAGCCUUCUCCCUUGCCAUUUGGUUUCUGUCUGCCAAGUAGCUGCAGGCUGCCCCUCAAAUCUUCAUUUGUCCCUUUUCACUUCCUGCAGAGCAAGCCUGGGUUAGAGGGUCUGCUGGAAAUGGCCUUUGAAGACCAAGGAUACCAGGGUGUGUGCGCUCUGUCGUGUUCUGUGAUGAAUGGGAAACGUAGGCUUCCAGAAAGCCAGCUCUCCUCUGAAAUGUGACGGACCUAAGCAGGAAGUCAUCCAGGACAGGAGUGGCUCAGUGUUGGGGAUGGAUGCUGUCGCCCAGCCAUGCUCCACCAGGGUCACCAAUGUAUGUUUGGCUGGUGGUCUUCGGGCAUGUGAGAUCUGCUGUUCACUGUCUCCACCCCAGUUGGUGGCCUCCAGGAUGGUAGUGGCACCCCCAGAGCCCCAUCUUCAGCAUGUUCUGAAGCCUCAGAGUGGAAAUUCCUGCUAAGGCUCUGUCUGGACGCCUUUCUCCCAUGGUCUAAAGGGACACUGUACUCAAGCUUUUGACCUCAUGCCUUGUGUAGUAAAAAAGGAUUUGGGGGUUUUUGUUUGGUUCCUGAGAGGGUUGUGUUUUGUUUUUGUUUCCUUUUGUUUGUGUUUUGGCCUUUCCUCUUUGUCUUUCCAUGUAGACCAGAUAUUUGAAAGGGCAGACGAUGGCUAGAGGUGUAAUGUGCAGCUUGUUUAUACGUUAUUUCGACAAACUUACCUUGGAUGGGAAAUGGAAUCAUGGAUUCACCAGGCCAGUGCUGGCACACUCACCCUCGCCCUUUCCCUCCGGUUCAGUACCUAUUGUUUCUCCUUUCAAAUAUGUGAUUGUACUAGCUCUUUCCAUAUGAAAGAAUUCUCCUUAUUUAAAUAAAAAAAGUUUAAAAAGAUAAAGCUGAACAUGCUUUUUCAGGUUGUACAUCCCUGGUUUCUUGGCCAUUUGACCAGAGAGACCUACAGAUCAAAGAGUUCUAAUUUUACAGAGUUCACAUGGAAAUUAGUGGCACGGCUGAAAUGCCUUAACAGAAGCUGUAUGGGUAGAGAAGGGAUUGAAACCCAUGGUUAAGAAGCAUCUUCCAAAUGCGGCAGCAUCAAGCAGUCCACUCUUCCCACGGAUGGCAUCUGGCUGCGCACAGUGCCUGCCUGUGGCCCCGUCACUUGUCGUGAGAAAUGAGCUGGUCAGAGGAGGGCAUCUGCCUGAGCCCGCUUUUCUACAAGAUGUGGGGAUUUUUGAAGCGCCCUGUAGUGGUGACGGCUGACAUCAACUUGAGCCUUGUGGCCCUGACUGGGAUGGGGUUACUGAGUCGGCUGUGGCGACUCACCUACCCGCGGGCUGUGGUUUUUGACGAAGUAUAUUAUGGGAAGUACAUCUCUUUUUACAUGAAACGAAUCUUCUUCUUGGAUGACAGUGGGCCACCAUUUGGCCACAUGGUGCUGGCCUUGGGAGGUUAUUUAGGAGGAUUCGAUGGCAAUUUUUUGUGGAACAGAAUUGGAGCAGAAUAUAGUAGCAACGUGCCUGUGUGGUCCCUGCGCCUGCUGCCAGCACUCGCGGGGGCCUUGUCGGUCCCCAUGGCCUACCAGAUAGUGUUGGAGCUCCGCUUUUCUCAUUGUGCCGCCAUGGGAGCUGCUCUGUUGAUGCUUAUCGAGAAUGCUCUCAUCACUCAGUCAAGGCUAAUGCUUUUGGAAUCAGUGUUAAUAUUUUUUAAUCUAUUGGCCGUGUUGUCCUACCUGAAGUUCUGCAACUGCCAAAAGCACAGCCCUUUUUGUCUGAGCUGGUGGAUCUGGCUAACACUGACAGGGGUCGCUUGUUCCUGUGCAGUGGGCAUCAAGUACAUGGGUGUGUUCACGUACGUGCUCAUGCUGGCUGUUGCAGCUGUCCAUGCCUGGCACCUGAUUGGAGACCAGACUUUGUCCAAUGUCUGUGUGUUCUGUCACUUGCUCGCCCGAGCAGUGGCUUUGCUGGUCAUCCCGGUCGUCCUGUACUUACUGUUCUUCUAUGUCCACUUGAUUCUACUCUUCCGCUCUGGGCCCCACGACCAAAUCAUGUCCAGUGCCUUCCAGGCCAGCUUAGAGGGAGGCCUAGCUCGGAUCACCCAGGGUCAGCCUCUGGAGGUGGCCUUCGGGUCCCAGGUCACUCUGAGGAACGUCUUUGGGAAACCUGUGCCCUGCUGGCUUCAUUCCCACCAGGACACCUACCCCAUGAUAUAUGACAACGGCCGAGGCAGCUCCCACCAGCAACAGGUGACCUGUUAUCCCUUCAAAGACGUCAAUAACUGGUGGAUUGUAAAGGAUCCCAGGAGGCACCAGCUGGUGGUGAGCAGCCCUCCGAGACCUGUGAGGCACGGGGACAUGGUGCAGCUGGUCCACGGCAUGACCACCCGCUCCCUGAACACGCAUGAUGUUGCAGCCCCUCUGAGUCCCCAUUCACAGGAGGUCUCCUGCUACAUUGACUAUAACAUCUCCAUGCCCGCCCAGAACCUCUGGAGACUGGAAAUUGUGAACAGGGGAUCCGAUACAGACGUCUGGAAGACCAUCCUCUCAGAGGUCCGCUUUGUGCACGUGAACACUUCCGCUGUCUUAAAGCUGAGCGGGGCUCACCUCCCUGACUGGGGGUAUCGGCAGCUGGAGAUCGUCGGGGAGAAGCUGUCCCGGGGCUACCACGGGAGCACAGUGUGGAACGUGGAGGAGCACCGAUAUGGCGCGAGCCAGGAGCAGAGGGAGCGGGAACGGGAGCUGCACUCACCUGCGCAGGUGGACGUCAGCAGGAACCUCAGCUUCAUGGCGAGAUUCUCGGAGCUGCAGUGGAGGAUGCUGGCGCUGAGAAGCGAUGACUUGGAACACAAGUACAGCUCCAGCCCACUGGAGUGGGUCACCCUGGACACCAAUAUCGCCUACUGGCUGCACCCCAGGACCAGCGCUCAGAUCCACCUACUUGGAAACAUAGUGAUCUGGGUUUCAGGCAGCCUUGCUCUGGCCAUCUACGCCCUGCUGUCCUUGUGGUACCUGCUCCGACGGCGAAGAGGCAUCCAUGACCUCCCUCAGGAUGCCUGGCUGCGCUGGGUGCUGGCUGGGGCGCUGUGUGCGGGUGGCUGGGCCGUGAACUACCUCCCAUUCUUCCUGAUGGAGAAGACACUCUUCCUCUACCACUACCUGCCCGCACUCACCUUCCAAAUCCUUCUGCUCCCUGCGGUCCUGCAGCACAUCAGCGACCACCUGUGCAGGUACGGAGGCUGUGGAGACAGUGGCUGGACCGGGCAGCAGCCCUCUGCUGGGAAGCCCAUGUGCAGCAAACACGUGGGGUGCAGCGAACCUCACCCAUUUCACGUUACACUGACAUCCUCUUGGCCCCUCCGGGGAAUGGUUCAAAAGAGACGCCCAGAUGAGGCACUGCAGGAACCCAGAGGGAGAAGUCACAGCUGACAGAGAUGAAAGUGGAGUGGGUGGGGAGACGGGGAAGGGAUGAAGAGAUGUGGGUGGCCUGGAGGAUUCGGGAGCAGGGAGCAAGGCCCGGGAGCCUCGGGGUGUCAGAAACAGCAGCUGGUUAUGGUCGGGUUGUGUGGUGUGGUGGAGAGAACCCAAGAAAGCUUCUAAACCAGAGUGUGUUUGGAGGUUGGAGCAGAAGGCGAGGGCCUCCCAGUCUCAGGAAGCCACACGAGGGAGGACCGUGGGUUUGGGACCAGUCCUCUGGCAUCUGUGUGGAGGUGGCCCAGCCACUGUGGAGGCCUGAGGAGUCGUCAGGGGGCCUCUCUCAGUGCAUCCAGGUGGGAGAUGGUCACGGGUGGCAGGAGACAAGACACAGAAACCUGAAGGCAGAACCCCAGGCCUCGGGGGGUGACCGUGUGGACAGCAGAUGCCAAGAGGGUGCCGGGCAGGGAAGCUGCAGUGGUCAGCCACCCUCCCGCACACUGCUCUGACCUCUGCAGGUCCCAGCUCCAGAGGAGCGUCUUCAGUGCCCUGGUGGUGGCUUGGUACUCCUCCGCAUGCCACGUGUCCAACACGCUGCGCCCACUCACCUACGGGGACAAGUCGCUCUUGCCACAUGAACUCAAGGCCCUUCGCUGGAAAGACAGCUGGGACAUCUUGAUCCGAAAACACUAGAACAAGAGUGUGGCAAAGAACACCCGUGCUGGGGUCGGGAUGAGGUUGAAGGGUCUUGGUCAAUGCACUUAAUGAGCAGGGUGGGCCCCACGCUGGGAGGACACGGGCUGGGCUCAGCAGGGCCUCUCCUGGAACGCAUGGGGGUCUCGUUUUGGAAAAAGCUCUCUGAUGAGCACCUCCUUUUGUGGAAAGUUAAUUUUUUCUCGACAAUGAAGAUACUCCCUCCGUGUCUUCACCCCUGAACUAAGACACAGGGAGUAUUUCAGAGGCCAGCGUAGGAGUCAUUGACAAAAGCCGGAACCCGGGGCCAGCAGUGGAGCAGGUGACAGCCUCCACAGACCGGGCCCUGGUCCUUGCUGACCGCUGCAGGGUGGAGUUUGAUCUGGCAGACCCGAUCCUCCUCCAUGAACACCCAGCAACCUGACCAAGUCCCAGCCCUGUCCUCAGCGAGCCCAGCGGCGUCCUGGGACAGCUCAGUGUUGGAGGGCCACCUGAACCACGAGCCGGGCUGGGGCUUGCAUGUCAUUCUCUAUGACAGCGUCAAGACUGGCCCUCGGCACCGUGCUGUGUGGAGAGACUCCACUGAGACGUGGCUGAGUGAACUCUUCCUCGUCAGUGGUCAAGGUGUGUCAUCCAUACAGCUCCAUGCCUUUACUUUUGUCUUUUUAAAUGUAAUUAAAAAAGGAACGAACUGGCA